AUGAUUACUAGCGCUGAUGAAUCUUCCGUCAAUGGUCAGGUGGGCAGUUACAACCAAACCAAGAUCAAGCGCUCUGAUUUUCCCGAAGAUUUUGCAUUUGGUGCUGCAACUUCAGCUUAUCAGAUUGAAGGUGGAUGGAAUGCAGGAAGUAAAGGCAUGAGUAAUUGGGAUGUUUUCACACAGAAACAACCUGGUGGUAUUUCUGACGGUAGCAAUGGCUGUGUUGCUAUUGAUCACUAUAAUAUGUUUCGGGAAGAUGUGGCUUUGAUGAAGAAAUUGGGUUUGAAUUCAUACAGAUUUUCAAUUGCAUGGCCUAGAAUCUUGCCAGGCACGAGUAGGGCGACGGGAGUUGGAAGUCACUGUCCUGGGUCUGGGACUGCGGACGAGAGAGACCAAGAGGCGACAGAGUAG